CAGAGCCGCGGUGACGUCAGUUCCUUCUUACCGGGCUCUGAUUGGUCAGCGCGCCCGGCGCUUCUGGUUGGCCGGCCCUGCGAUCAUCCCAGGGUGCAUUGCGGCCCCGUUUCCUUUCCGCUCGGUUGUCUUCCUGCGCAGGAGCCGCAGGGCCGUAGGCAGCCAUGGCGCCUAGCCGGAAUGGCAUGAUCUUGAAGCCCCACUUCCACAAGGACUGGCAGCGGCGCGUGGCCACGUGGUUCAACCAGCCGGCCCGGAAGAUCCGCAGACGCAAGGCCCGGCAAGCCAAGGCGCGCCGCAUCGCCCCGCGCCCCGCGUCGGGGCCCAUCCGGCCCAUCGUGCGCUGCCCCACGGUUCGGUACCACACGAAGGUGCGCGCUGGCCGCGGCUUCAGCCUGGAGGAGCUCAGGGUGGCCGGCAUUCACAAGAAGGUGGCCCGGACCAUCGGCAUUUCUGUGGAUCCGAGGAGGCGGAACAAGUCCACGGAGUCCCUGCAGGCCAACGUGCAGCGGCUGAAGGAGUACCGCUCCAAACUCAUCCUCUUCCCCAGGAAGCCCUCGGCCCCCAAGAAGGGAGACAGUUCUGCUGAAGAACUGAAACUGGCCACCCAGCUGACGGGACCGGUCAUGCCCAUCCGGAAUGUCUAUAAGAAGGAGAAAGCUCGAGUCAUUACUGAGGAGGAGAAGAAUUUCAAAGCCUUCGCUAGUCUCCGCAUGGCCCGUGCCAACGCCCGACUCUUCGGCAUACGGGCAAAAAGAGCCAAGGAAGCCGCAGAACAGGAUGUUGAAAAGAAAAAAUAAAGCCCUCUUGGGGACUUGUAAUCAGUCAGCAGUCAU